AUGGCCGCAUGUCUUGGACUGAACUUAGCGCAGAAAAUAUGCAAAAGUUUGGAAACAAAGUUGAAUUUGGUUACUUUCUGGUCAGAUAGUACAAAUGUUCUUUGGUGGAUUCGAGGAAAAAGCAGACGAUAUAAACCAUUUGUAGCCAACAGAGUAGGGAUGAUUCAUAGUGUUACAGCACCUGAACAAUGGUUUUACGUUCCCACAGCUGAAAACCCGGCAGAUUUAUCAUCUAGAGGUUUAUCAAUAACAAAACUGAGUGAAAGUAAAUUGUGGUGGACAGGACCUAAAUUUUUGAUGUUACAGAAAGAACACUGGCCUAAGAAAGACUUUGUACAAAGUGAUGAAGCAAACACUGAAUUGAAACGAAAGUCUAUGAGCAGUGACUGUGAAUUUUAUCAAUUUUUUACAGAAGAUAGAGCAAAUGCUGUUCUGGAAGAAGAUAGACUUGAUCCUAUACGUUAUUCCAGUUGGAGUCGGUUUGUAUAUGUAUUCACAUGGGUCAAUAGAUUUAUAGAUAACUGUCAACUUACAGAACAAGAGAGAAGAAAAUCGGGUCUUCUCGUCGAAGAAAUAAAGUCGUCAGAAAUGCGGAUUAUUAAAAAGGCUCAAAUGGAAAGUUUUAAAGAAGAUUAUCAAAGUCUCAUAAAGGGGAGAGAACUCUCAACAUCAAGCAAAAUAUUAGCUCUGAAUCCAAAGUUAGAUGAGGAAGGUGUAAUGCGAAGUGAUAGUCGAUUAAAGUUUCACGAGUACCUUCCAUAUGAUGUACGCUUUCCUAUUUUUCUUCCAAGGCAAAAUUGGAUUACAAAGUUAAUUAUAAGACAUUUCCAUGAGCAAAACAAACAUUGUGGUACAAAUCAAACUUUAUCAGCCUUAAGUGCAAAAUAUUGGAUUAUCUCAGCAAGGGAGGAAAUCCGUAAAGUUGAAAAUGACUGUUAUGAAUGCAGACGUUGGAAGGCUAAAGCAGCACGACAGAUUAUGGGACCUUUACCAGAGUUUAGGUUAGGAAAAUCGAUGCAAGCAUUCAGCGAAACAGCAGUAGAUUUCGCAGGUCCAUUUUUAACUAAACAAGGCCGCGGAAAAGUAAGACUAAAACGAUACUUAUGUGUUUUCACGUGCAUGGCAUGCAGAGCAGUUCAUCUAGAAAUAGCCUACAACUUGGACACAGACUCAUUUAUGAAUACGUUCUAUAGAUUCAUCAGUCGUCGUGGACUGCCAAAACUAGUUGUAUCGGACAAUGGUUCAAAUUUCAUAGGAGCUGCGAGAGAACUUCGUGAACUAUAUGAUCAGUUAGACAAAAACGUAAUUUCAAAAAGGGAGCAAGACAGGGCAUUCAAUGGCGUUUCAAUCCACCUACAGCACCUCAUUUCGGUGGUAUUCAUGAGGCGAUGGUCAAAAGCGCGAAGAAGGCAAUAUUUAAAAUAUUGGGAAAUGCAGACGUUAACGACGAAGAACUUUUAA